AUGCCCCGUUCCACCAGUCGGGAGCACGCCGGCCGGAGGCGCAGUAUCUUCAGCAUCCCCUCCUUCACCCAGAUCCACCCCACCACCCGCGACGACCCGGACAAGCUGAACAAGGACUCGUCCAAGACUCUCAAGAAGCGUCGCGGCCCCACUCUCAUCACCAACCUCGAAUCCUCACCCGAGCUGGUCCACGAUGAGGACCCUUCGCCCUCCUCAGCAAACACUCUUCCUUCGCCCAAGCCCACCGGCCGUCCCACACUGAGCGUCCGGAGUGGUGGCCGUCCUGUCUCAUCCGUCUUUGGCUCCCUCAGAUCCAUGCGAUCCAUGCACGAAGACGACGGUCCUUUGACCGCCACAUCGAGCCGUACGCCAUCCAUCAAUUGGGCCGAUUUCGACAACAGCCAUUUCGGAAAGAGACUAGUCCUACACCAUGGCGAAGUUCAGACCAGCAGUAGCAUGUUUCGUAAGAAGAAAGAGUACCUGGUCUUGACAGACACCCACAUCCUACGCUACAAGAACCAGUCGAAGGCUGCCGACAGCAUUGGUGGAGUCCCUCCUCCGUUCGGCAGAAGCCCGACAAUCCGCCAUAGCUCGACCCAAUCUAUUGGCUCCUCACAGGAUCUACAAUCUUUACAUUCCGAUUCGUCCGGCGACAAGGAAGGUCGAGUCACUCUUCGUCACAUUGUUGCAGUUCACAGGCUCGAUGAUGGCCGACCUUAUUUUGCCAUUGAAGUCUGCUACCUUGAUGAGGAAGGUUCUCAAGCUUCCGCCAUGGUCAUGCAGUUUGGCGAUCCCGAGGACCGAGACCUUUGGUUGCGAUCAAUCCGCACAGCUGCCAACAAGACUCGUCUUCAAGACGUUAAUCCAUUUUCUGUCGUCAAUUCCAAAAAUGCUGCCAGAGCUGUGGAGCGCGAAAACGAUUACGAUCCUGCAAACUACGUUAUCUACAAGGUUGUACAACGCCAAUUUUCAAAAUCUCGAUCGUCCACCGAUGACUUGUCCAAAAUCGCCUCGACUGUCUGCUUCCUAGCCAUUGGUAUACACAAGGUCCACAUGAUCCCUUUGAUCAAGACCACUAGCCGUGUUUCGUCGCCUUCACUGUCUGCAAGCAAUGUUCCGACAUCGUAUGGCAUUCUCAACAUGACUGCAAUUCGAUUGAGUCAUUCAGAUGACCAUUUUGAACUCACCUUCCGACAACCCAUGAAACGCCCAAAAACCCUGUACUUGGCUUCUCUGGCGUCUCAAGAUAUUGCGCUUCGUCUUCAUCAUGUUGAGAAUGUCCUCCGUCCCGAGUGCUCUUCUCGCCUGUUCAAGUUUAAUGUCCCACAAGAGAUUGAAGACCAUCUUCCUCCGUCGGUGAACUCGGACGCUGAGGACCAUUGCUGUUUCGAACGCACGCUAACAGCUUAUUGUAUCGCAUACGACGUGAAUCCGUCCAAUAUCUGUUACACCAUCGACUACACAUGCGAAGACGCGCCUCGUUUCCAACUACUACCCUUUGCGGACGCACGUCGACAAAAGCACAGCGCAGCCGAGUUACUGGCUGUCAUGCGAGCUUUGCGAUACAACGAGUCUUUCAAUUCGCUCUCUUUUGCUGACGUUCAGCUUGAUGUGCUCAAUGGACUUCACGACAAUUAUGGCUCGGAGCAUGUCUGUACAAGAACGAAACGAGGAACGCCGCUUCGUCUAACCGCACAGGAACUCACUGAAUCUUGCCUAUUGAUACAAGAAGUUCGUGCUUUGGCCGCAACAAAUAAGAAGCUUCGGAGAAUGGACUUUUCCAGAUGCAUUGUCGCAAAGCCUCCGGAUUACACGGACGAUUCGGAGGUCAAAAUCAAGGAUAUUGGGUGUGGUGUGGUCGAAGCUCUUUCUCCACUUUGCAAACAUCAAAUCACCAAUGUUGACUGGAUCGCAUUGAAUGGGAUCCACCUGAGUGAGACCGAUCUUGACUACUUGGUCGGGGCAGCGAGCGACAAGGCCUGUCAUUUCCGCGCCAUAGAACUGAGCAGGUGCUCGUUGACUGAUCGUACAUUGAGUUUGAUUCUGGAUUCACUUCGUGCCCAAGACAAUACUCUGGAGGCUUUGGACAUUUCAGGAAACCUUGCACGUCUUGCCCCGGCCGUGUUCGAUGGGCAGAUUAGCGUGUUUGGAUUCAUUCGAAAGCUCAACCUGUCUUUUGCUUCUCGGACUUCAGGGGCUGAACCUCUUUUCAACGCCGAGACUCUCCUUACCUGGCGUUUGGAAGAGCUCAGGCUGACGGGCACCUCACUGAAUGAGAACACAAUCCAAGCACUUGCAACAUACCUCAAGCACCAGCAAUCAGAUACUCUCCGGGAACUUUAUCUGGACUCAGCAUACAUGUCUGGCAGUGAUAUUGCGACCAUCAUGCGCGCCACUAAGCGUGGCUCAAUCGAGCCCCGUUCCCUUCAUCUCGACAUCAGUCACAACAAUAUCACCAAGGAUCACGAUCAAUUAUGUAAAGCUAUCGCGGAUGGUUCAACACCUACUCACCUCACGAUCCGUGCCAUCGAAUAUCGUGAGGAAUCAGUCUUCCGACACUUGAUCAACGCUUUGAGGAAGAAUCACAGUAUCCGAUAUCUCGAUAUCUCCAGAACAACAUUACCCAGUGACGCAAACGAUGAUACCAGUCGCGCCUUGGAGUCGCUCUUCGCGGAGAACAGUACGCUUGAAGAACUAGACAUUUCAGGAGAAGACUCACGUCUGGAAACCUCACGAUUUGGUGUCGGGCUCAACCAAGCGCUAAACGGUCUGCGACACAACACAGGCUUGCAUGUUCUUCGAGUCCAGUAUCAAAGACUCGGUCUGCCUGGUGCCAGUAUGCUAGCGGAAGUCUUGAAAGUGAACAGAACAUUGCGUGAAUUGCAUUGCGAACACAACGAUAUACCCCUAUCCGCCUUCACCGAUAUGAUCAAUGCACUAGGCAAGAACACCACGCUUGUCUACAUGCCAUACCUGGACGAAAGCCGUCUAGCGGCUCUGAAGCACACAGAGACUCAGGUCAAGCAUAUUCGCGAUGAAGUUCCAGCUACAACGGCGCCUUUGAGACCUUCAAUAUCAGCACCUCCCGCAAAACCACUGCCUUCCUCUUCCUCGUCCUCUACAUUUCGCAAGGGACUCGCCAACAUGAAGAGAACGGUCAACCGGAAUCAAGACAUACAAGCUGCUCUGCGCCUAGUCACCGAGUCAUGGGAUCGCCAACAGUACCGACUGCAACAAUAUCUGGAAAGAAACUGCUGCAUCCUGCACGGUGUACCAACAUCUAUGGAGAUCGAAGAAGAAGCAUUCGAGCGCACAACUAGUGUUGGCACAUUGUCACAACUCAUCGAGAAAGUGAAACUUGACUCGACCCCCACUGCAGAGAAAGAGCUAGACUUCGGCAAUGGAUAUGGACUACCCGAACCGAACGUUGUGGAGGAAGAGGAGGACAUGCAACAGCGAGAAGGACUGAGACUAUCCCUCCCACCACGAUUGCAACUACGCCAUGACGUUGAAGAGGAUGAACAACCAUCGGUUAGCUUUAAGCAGUUCUUGCUGGGCCGUCACGAGAUGAGUAGUCCUGAAGACAUGGUCGAUGGUGUAAGUUCUUCCAGUGCCGCCACCGAAGGCGAAGACAGCGAACUGCCCAGCCCUGUGCUCGAGAUGGGCGGACCAGGAGUCAAAGGACUGGCAGGCCUAGGCAUCAACCAAGGAGAUCUCAAAACACCCACCCAGAAGAGCUUCUUCGGUUGA